AUGGUUUUACAAAACAAAGAACUCAUCACUCAACCGAGACACAACCAGAAGAAAGUCACAGGAAGUUUCAGAGAUUGUCUACAGAGACUUUUCUCUCUCAAUAGAAAAUGCUCCCCUCUUGCUCACAUUCUAUUCUCAGCCCUCUUGGUCCUAUUUAUAGCCACAGAUCAAGAGAUAUACAAGAAGUGGACCGAAUUUAUCAAUCCAAAAGACUCUGAUAAACCUGUAUCAGAAUUGAUCAAAGAGACUACAUGUGGACUGGGGGUGGAUUACUGUUAUGAGUGCACUGGAGUUCCAGAGCUGCUAAAUGAAGCAAUUGAGGGAUCGAAAGUGGGACUUGUGACAAUAGUUUUCAUUGGUGCAGGACUUCAUUUAAGUGGGGAGCUCAAAUACAUUCCGCUCUUGUGUGGUAGGACAAUUAAGGGGUCCAUUUAUGGUGGAGUAAGACCUCAAAUAGACUUCCUUAAAAUAGUUGAGAAAUGUAUAAAUAAGGAAAUUCAGCUGGAUGAACUAUUGACCCAUGAAGUUUCACUCGAAGAAAUUAACAAGGCAUGGAAGUAUCUGAAGCAUCCUAGUUGUGUUAAAGUUGUUAUCAAAUAUUAG